GGCAUAGGUGUGUGCUGUAUCAAAACAUUAUAUUGAAGACCCGUAAGACUCGUUUAACAGAUCAGAACGGAUCAGACUUCCGUGUCAUCAGUGAAUUCGAAUAGCUUGCAUUAUUUUGCGACAAAACCGAAAAGAAAUUUCACGGUUGAUUUGUAACUUGCUUACAGCUACAGGAUGGCGGCCUUUGAAGAAAUGGGAGUUUUGCCACAAAUCGCGAAGCGUUUAGAAGAGCUAGAUUGGAUGCUGCCCACAGAUGUCCAAGCUGAAGCUGUGCCGAUGAUUCUAGGUGGAGGAGAUGUUUUAAUGGCCGCUGAAACUGGAAGUGGGAAAACAGGGGCUUUUUGUCUACCAAUCAUCCAGAUUGUAUGGGAAACAAUUAAAGAUAUUCAAAGUGGAAAAGCUCCUACAGCAUCUGGCAAUAAUAGUGCUGCUACAGAACCACAAGAUAAGUGGAUUUUAAGCACAUACGAUCGAACGCCCGCUAUGGCUGUGAAUCCUGAAGGAACAUUGUGUCAAUCAAGAGAUGCAGCCUGGAGUGGUAUAAGAGCUACUCAAGGGGUUGUUAACAAAGGGAAAUAUUUCUACGAAGCAACAGUUUCAGACGAAGGUCUCUGCAGAGUAGGAUGGUCAUUGAACGAGGCUAAUUUGGAUCUUGGCACUGAUCGUUAUGGCUAUGGUUUUGGUGGCACUGGUAAAAAAUCCAAUAACCGGCAAUUUGAUGAUUACGGAACCGCCUAUGGAUUGAAUGAUGUUAUCGGCUGUGCACUUGAUCUCGACAAUAGAGUCAUCUCGUUCUUUAAAAACGGCGUCGACCUAGGAAAAGCUUUCGACAUUAAUCCCGAGUUCAAGAACAAAGCUCUCUUUCCUGCCGUAGCUCUGAAGAAUGCGGAAUUAGAAUUCAACUUUGGCCAAAAACCUUUCAAAUUUGCUCCCCCUAAGAAUUUUGUAGCAGUUUGUCAAGCAGCUAAGGAUUGUAGAACUGUGAACUCGAAUUCCGGAGUUGCAAUGCCUGCGCAGGUGAAAUUAAAAGCUAAUGCUCCGCAGGCCAUCAUCAUGGAGCCGUCUCGCGAGUUAGCAGAACAGACUUACAACGAAAUUAACAACUUCAAAAAAUAUUUGGAUGCUCCUGUUAUUCGGACGAUGCUCGUGGUUGGCGGUAUCCCCAUCAAAGAGCAACUGAGCGAUCUUCAGAAAGGAGUGGAUAUCAUUGUUGGCACACCGGGCCGAUUAGAUGAGCUGAUCAAAAGUGAAAACAUACUUUUAACCCAUUGCCGCUUCUUUGUUUUAGACGAAGCGGAUGGGUUGUUGCAACAAGGUCAAGGAGAGAUAAUCAAUCGCUUGCAUUCCCGAGCCCCGAAGAUCACUACGGACGGAAAACGUCUUCAAAUGAUCGUUUGUUCUGCCACACUUCAUUCGUUCGAAGUGAAGAAGAUGGCGGAUCGUCUUAUGCAUUUUCCGACGUGGAUCGACUUAAAGGGCGAGGAUUCUGUUCCAGAAACAGUACACCAUGUUGUGAUCACAGUUGACCCUCGCACUGAUAUGUCAUGGCAUAAUUUGCCUAAGCGCAUACCGACGGAUGGGGUGCAUGCCAAAGACCGCCUAACUCCCACUUCUGCUACACCUGAAAUGCUUUCGGAAGCCGUAAAGCUAUUGAAGGGAGAAUAUUGCGUCCGGGCCAUAAUCGAACAUAAAAUGGACCAGGCCAUUAUCUUCUGCCGAACGAAAGUCGAUUGUGAUAAUCUUGAAACGUACUUGAAUUCUAUCGACAAGCAAAAAUUCUCGUGCGUAUGCCUCCAUGCAGACCGGAAGCCGCAAGAACGUACCGACAAUCUGGAAGCUUUUAAACAAAAAAAAGCCAAGUUUCUCAUCUGUACCGACGUCGCUGCUAGAGGAUUGGAUAUCCGCGGUUUACCUUUCAUGAUGAACUUCACACUGCCAGAUGAUAAAUCUAACUACGUUCACCGAAUCGGUCGAGUUGGUAGAGCUGAACGAAUGGGAUUGGCUCUUUCUUUCGUUUCCAAUGUCCCGGAAAAAGUUUGGUUUCACGGCCAAUGGUGUCCUUCGCACGGAAAAGGUUGUGCGAAUACAAAAUUGACCAAUCAGGGAGGCUGUUGCAUCUGGUAUGAUGAACAACAGUGUUUGGCUGAAGUAGAGGAACAUUUGGGCAUUACAAUCUCGCAAGCUGGUACUGAUAUGAAAGUUCCAGUGGAUGAAUUCGAUGGAAAAGUGGUGUAUGGGCAAAAGAAGAAAGCUACAACUUCGGCUUAUCAGAGUCACGUAGCUCAAAUGGCGGGAGCUGUUCAAGAACUGGCUGUCCAAGAAAUGAAGGCUCAGUUACUUUUCCAUUCAUUCGCUAAUAAUGCUAAGAAAAUUUUCGGAUCUGUUUAAUAUCGAAGGAUCGAUAUUCGUUUCGCUGAUGGGCUUUCUUGUUGCUUGAACAUUUUCUGAUUGCAAACUCAAGCGUGUCUGUUCUUCUCAAGUCAUGGAAAUAAUAUAACUCUUGAAAUUAA